AUGGUGAGCAAUCUUGUGUCCAACUCAAAGUUGGAAAUAAUUAUGUUCAAAACUUAAACCAUUGUUUUAGGCACGCCGGUACGACACACGAACGACUAUAUUUUCUCCAGAGGGUAAAUUAUUCUGAAGUUAGUUAAUAUUUGCAAAAGGUCGCCUCUAUCAGGUGGAAUACGCAAUGGAAGCCGUUGGGCACGCGGGCACAUGCUUAGGCAUUGUUGCGAAAGAUGGGAUCGUGCUUGCUGCGGAAAAGCGAUUCAUCAAUAAACUUCUUGAUGAGACGGCUUUCUCUGAGAAAAUUUAUAAAAUCAACGAUGAUAUUGCUUGCGCCGUGGCUGGGAUCACUGCCGAUGCCACCGUAUUGAUAAACGAGAUGCGCCUGAUUGCUCAAAGGUACUUUGACAAAUUUUUGACGGGUCGAUCCGUCAGUUGGUUUUCGUGGAGGAUCAUGUCUGUGUUUCCCUUGUUGGACAUCGUCUAAUUUGAGGGUCGACUAAGUUCCGGAACUGUGCCAACUUUUCCAUUGCGAUGAUGUUCGGAUGUACGGAAAGCUAUAACACAUCUAAAGAAGGGGUUGGGGCACUGAGUUAGUCAUCAAAGCAAAAUAGCUCGUUACUGAAACGCGCGAUUAAUUUAAUGUAUUGUUUGCGGAAUGCAGGUGAAGGACGCGUUUAAGGCUUACCAAAGCACAUGCUAUUUGGACUCACGACUCCCUUGUUUUUUACGGUGACAAGUGACGAACAUCGGAAGUGGAUAUGAUGACCCACGAGCGUAUUCAUACCGAACGAGGUUUCGCAGUGCCCCUGCAACUCUUCCCACUGAUGCCCAGUGUUCCUUUUGGGGGGCGCUGUAGAAGCUCCUCAGCCAACGAUUGCACCGUUUGAAAAUUUCCUUUAACUUGCCACAAAGGCUCACAUAAGUUAUUAGUAUGCACUAUGGGCGUUUGACCUUGCUCAUCCGUGUCUUCGGCUGGUAAGACCCAGCAUUUGACCUAACCACUCGAGUUAUAAGUAGCAUGCCGGCACAGCUUUAGGAUUUUUCUGUACGGACAGGUAUAGCGAAUAGUCAGCCUUGUUUUCUGUCUUUAGAUGUAGAUGUUGUUAAAGCACAUCACUUUUUUAUUCGCACAAUCGUCCACCGUAAUAAAUAGUCCAAAUUGGAUGUCAGACUUUUAUCUUCCUCUCAGAGACUAGGUUCCCAAGCUUCCUUUUCGAACAAGACCUUUUAUAGUGCACCGAGCUAUCCUUGUUUGCAACUAUUUCGGCCACUGCUUCUUCAUUUCAUGUACCCAACAAAAUUUCUUCGUAGAUAGACCAGACUGAUAUUUUUAUAUCGACUAAAAAAUCAAAUUAGUUCUCUGACUGCUUAGUAUCUAUUUCUAUCGGACCACAGGUAUCUUCUUAACUAUCAAGAGCCAAUGCCGGUGGAACAACUUGUCUGCCAUAUUUGCAAUUUGCAACACGGUUUCACAAUGUAUGGUGGAAGACGUCCAUUUGGUGUGUCGAUGCUUUUCAUAGGCUGGGACAAGCACUAUGGGUACCAACUUUAUCAAAGCGAUCCAUCCGGAAACUUCCUAGGAUGGAAAGCUGCCUGUAUCGGAUCUAGCUCCUCCGCUGCGUCCUCCAUCCUCGAAUCAGACUAUGACCCAGAGGCUACUACGGAAGACGCAGUCAAACUUAGUGUGAAAGUUCUACACAAAACGAUGACGAUGUCGAAGUUGACCUCCGAUAAGGUUAGCGCGUUCACCUCUUCGACUUUUUCGAAUUUUAUCAUACUAUUCCCCAUAAACCGUCGUCCUGGUUUGGAUUCCUGCUCAACCAUCGUGGUCGUUCGCGGGCAGCAUACUUGUACUUUAUACGGCUGCGAUCAUGCCUGAUCUAGCCGGCCUCGAUGAUGUCCCAAAUUGUACCUCUCCACGCGUGACGAUCCGCGGGCAGCAUUGUACCAUACUGAUGCCAUCGUACGAUACUACGAAUUCAGGUCUUUCAUGUUGAGUGUAUAAGGUUCAUAAUACCCUCGUCAGUACCGGAACAAGUCGCGUAAUGUUGAUACCGCAUGCAACCGCUUCUCCAGUGUAUCUUGUGUUACCAAACUUUGCGGAAUCAGCUUCAUGAAUUCAGUACACAUUGAACUUUUGUGGGGUUUGGUUAGUCUGUUCGCUAGGGCAGCAGUUACGGAAUGCAAAAGGAAUGUAGGGAACAGCGGUUCGGUCAAAGUGGCCUGUACAGCCUAGGCCAGAAUUUAGCUUCUCUGCUUAGGGGAAAGGAGUGGCAGCGUAUGUGCAGAUUGUCGCUGUUACCGUUCAAAUGUCCAAAGCCAUGAAGGGGAUUCUGUUUUUGCCAAGACGUGUUGAGAAACACUGGAUCAACAAAAUGCUCGGGGAACUUCAGUACUACUGGCAUUCAUAGGUGCGUUACUCACCUUCUAGCUUCACGUAGUCAGUUUAAUGAAGCUUUUAGCCGCAUUCUAUGAAGAAGAGAUCAACUAAAACCAAUCAAAUUCAUUGGAUUUAAGGAUGUGCCUAGCUGACUGAGAGCGACUGACUUAUAAGCCAAGAUAAGUUUACUGGACGAUGUGGGCGAAUCUUCAUUCGCCUUACUUUUAAUUUCGAGUACUCUGCUAACUACACUAUGGAGGAAGUGUGUACUGGUUGUCAUCCUUCAUAUGGCCGUUAGAUGACUAAGUGCAGUGCUUCUAUGUAGCCAUUCCAUAAAUGUUCUCUAACGAAAUCGCCUCAAUUUUCGGCCAAAUCAUUCACUUUACUACACUGCAAAUUCGCCAUAUUUUUGCAGUACGUCUACGAUAGGCGGGAGCAGAACUACAAAGCGGGGGUUAGAUUAUGGGCGUUUAAGUAAAAUUGUCACCAACUAUAGUUAGGCACCACGUCCAGACGACCCCCAGGAAAAUCGCUGUUGCUCUACCUGGGCAAGGAAGUGCACCAAUUACUGCCCCGUGAGUAUUCCAGGUCACUCAACGAUUGACUGUCUUGCCUUUUCCCAUGGCAUGAGUCGAACUGAAUAAAUAAGGAAUGUUUUUUUUUCGAAAACAUACAGGGGGGAGGGCUAUCUUCAUUGCGCUGCGCAUACCCAGAAGCCGCCUACUUUGGCGAUGACGCUGACCCUGCAGUUAAGCAGAAUGGAGCUGAACCAUCAUUACGGUUGGGGAACGAUGGGCUGCUUCAGAAUCACUGACAAAUAUGACGUGCAAACAGUUACUCAAUUGUAUACUACUUCUACGUCCUUGCUCACUUUCUCUAAUUAAAUGCCUGACUGAUUGACACUAUCCAGGGUUCUGUGGACUCUUUUUCACAGCGUAAUUAAUGCAAUACGAGAAAUCAGAAAGGAGGACUUACUGCCUUCUCUUCAAAGACGAACUCAAUUUCGGACGUGCGACGAAAAAAGUUUUUUCUAAUCCUUCCUCUUGUUUUUGCCCUCAGGUGGAGAUCGGAAUUCUUCAGAGGAAGGACGACAAAACCUACGUGAAACUUAUUUCACAAAGUCGAGUAGAUGAGUUAAUUAAAGAGGCCGAAGCUGCUGAGGCUCAGAAGAAGUGA